UUUGACGCGAGAGUGAGAGACUUUCUCUGUCGGUUUUUUAUAAUCCCCCCAAACAAAACACAUAAUAACAAAAACGAAAGAAAAUAAAACCCGAUUACCAAAAUUCCUUUCCCCCUUUCCAGGUCUCUCUCGCUUCUCUGUCCUCAAUCCUCAAUCCCGCAAGUAAUCAUCUGGGUUUUUUUUUUUUUUUUUUUUUCUCUUUGAUCUUUCUUGGAUUGGAUGCUUAUUCGAUCUUUCAAACUUCUGCUUCUUCUUCACGAUCUGAGACUCUUAGUUUGAGGAUCCUUUAAAUUUUAAAAAACAUAAUAAAGAAGUUAUGGCUAAUGCAAAUACAUCAGCUUCAGUGGUGCUUUCUGAUUCAUCCGAACAGAGGGGAAUAAAUUCGGCAGAAUCAAACAUGCACACAGUUCAACCUCCUUCAAACCAGCAAAACCGAAGCUCUUUAGAUGGUCCUGUGGCUAUCCUCUGGGACAUUGAGAAUUGCCCUGUUCCCAGUGAUGUUCGCCCUGAAGAUGUAGCUGGUAAUAUUAGAAUGGCUUUACGUGUUCAUCCUAUAAUUAAAGGUGCUGUUAUGAUGUUUUCUGCAUAUGGGGAUUUUAAUGCCUUCCCUAGGCGACUUAGAGAGGGUUGCCAGAGAACUGGUGUUAAACUUAUUGAUGUUCCUAAUGGUAGAAAGGAUGCUGCUGACAAAGCUAUUUUAGUUGAUAUGUUUCUUUUUGCCCUCGACAACCCACCACCUUCCUCCAUCAUGCUUAUUUCUGGGGAUGUUGAUUUUUCUCCAGCACUUCACAUACUUGGUCAACGCGGUUAUACUGUGAUCCUUGUUAUCCCUGCUGGGGUGGGUGUCUCAUCUGCUUUGAGCAAUGCUGGUAAGUUUGUGUGGGACUGGCCUAGUGUGGCUCGUGGGGAAGGCUUUGUACCCCCUUCAAAGGGUUUAAUGCCUCCUUAUGCUGGACCAGCUGACAUUGCUGGGUAUUUCAUGGGGUGUCAUAUAAAUGACAACUUUGAUGGUCAAAAUGAAGAAGAGGCAAUCGUAUACAGAGGAAUCUCACAAAGCUAUUACAAUUCGAGAGAUUUUUCUGUAGUGUCACGGUCGCUGUCUGAAUACAACUGUAGUUCUUCAAUAAGUAUGCCUUGUUUCCCCACGAGUACAAGGUCACAGAGUCUCCCAUCUGGUUUGAAUGAAGUUUCAGCUGGUCCUAUUUUCUACGAUGACCAAUAUCAUUCUACCAUGUGGGUACAGCCUGGGGAUAUAAAUGGUCUGAAGUUGCAGCUUGUGAAGCUGCUUGAACUUUCAGGUGGGUGUUUGCCUAUUACUCGUGUUCCUGCCGAGUACCAGAAGCUCUAUGGACGGCCUCUUUAUGUGUCGGAAUAUGGGGCAUUCAAGCUGGUUAAUCUUUUCAAGAAAAUGAAUGAUGCAUUGGCAAUAGAUGGCAAGGGCCAAAAGAAGUUUGUCUACCUUAGAAACUGGAAAGCAAGCCCAAGUGCCCCUCCUUUAGCUCUGGCACGAAAGGAUAAGAAAGGAAAGGGGACUCAGGAGGAUAGUUUGGAUGUUAUGGGAGGUGGUGGCUCGUCAGAUGAGCUCUCAGAUGAGGAAAGGGUGGUAGUUGAGGAACAUGAGGAGAGAAGGAACCAAGGAAAGGCAAGCACAGGGACAACAGCCGGAUGUGAAGCUAACCAAAACCUUGAGCAAUUCAAACAUGAGUUGCAGGAAAUUCUAGUGAGUUAUUCUUGUCGGAUUUUCCUGGGAUGUUUUGAGGAAAUAUAUCAGCAACGAUACAAGAAAUCACUAGACUAUCAUAGGUUUGGUGUGGAUCAGCUGGAAGAGCUUUUUAAUAAGGUAAGUGAUGUUGUUGUGUUGCAUGAAGAACCAGUAAGCAAGAGGAAAUUUCUGGCUGCUGUUGGUGGUUAGUAAGAGCAAAAAAAGAAAAAAAAAGAAAGGAAAUCUAUCUGGGAUUUUUUUUUUCUAUUGCAUAUUGCAGACCUGUAUAACUUCAAAAAAAUUUCCCUUGUUUCAUAAAUGGUGGGAGGGGCUGGGAUCACAUUUUGUUGUUUUUAUAAAAUAUGUGUCCUGCAUGGUUUGGAUGUUGAUUUUGAAGUUCACCAUGUAUUCAUCUGUGCCUUUGUCAUAGUAACUAAUCAAACUACUAAUGCUUAGUGUUUAA